AUGGCUGCAAUGUAUUUGUGCUCUUGUGUUUUAUUGAUUUUAUCUGUGCUUUUUCAUGUUUUAUUCCAUCAAACUAUCGACCAUGGUGAACAUAAUGCUAUAUUCGAUCAAAUCGAGAGUCCUGGAAGUUGGCACAAACGUUAUUUCUUAUACAAGGACGGCGGACAUUAUCCAUCACGACCAUUAUAUGCCUGGAUAAAACACGGCUAUAUCUGUUACAUUCUUCCACAGAAAGACCUUACAAUCUAUGUGGAUGUGCAGCUAAAUCCAGGGCCUAUCAGAUCGUUUAAUAACUGUCAGAAUAUUUCGGGGCAGACCAGUGUAUUACAUAGUCAGAACUGCUAUCGAAAUGCUGACAUUACAACAACAACAACAACAACUGGGUCUGGGCGUCAUAUGUAUGACAAUAUAUUAUUACAAUUGUCGCAUUUAGCGGCGAACAGUUUGUGUUUCUACAAUAAUCGUAUUCCGGCUGGAGCCGCUUUAGGGUGGCCAUAUGUUUGCAAAACUAAUCGAAGCUAUCGUGGUAAGAGAAGUGGGAAAAAAGUAAAGCAGAGGGAAGCCUCGAAGUAUUUUAAUAUACGAGUUAUCGGUAAUUCACCUAUGGUACAAAGGUAA